AUGGUGUCAAUUGUAGUACCAAAUAUUAGUUUUCAUGCCUACACUUCACCCAGUAGAAUAAACAAAUUUUCCAGUGUCAAAUUGCCACCAUUGUCAAGCACAAGGUAUAGAACUUUCUGCAACAAUGUAAAGGCUAAGGCAGGAGGUGAAGCAAGUUUGCAAAAGCAGCAGCAGCAACUGCAAUCAAAGAUGAAGGUGCUAAAAGCUUCACCUAAAGUGCUGUUGAACCAGUUUCCAGUAGCAAGGACUGUGCAGCAAAUGAUGGUCAAAAUGGAGAGGAUGGUGGAGGAUCCCUCGGUUUAUGGUAGCACUUCACCUUGGAUAGUUUCAGGAGAUGAUGAAUACAUUAAGGGAAGGAUUCCUUGGGAAAUAAAGGAAGGCUAG